UCUUAACAUGUUUAGACUUUGUGGUAACCCGCUCAUUUUAAUCAUGAUAUUUGCCGCUGCGACAUCUGUUGAUGCCGCGCCGUUCUGCGGCAAUUGCAUUCAACAGCAAGCAAACCUGAGAAAUAGGCCACGCAAUAAACUGCUGUCGAUGAAUUGGGAUGGUGUUGCAUUCAGGCGUCAGGACAACCCGAUCCCACUACGUCAAGACCCAAACUAUGAAACUGGUGACCCAGACGAUCCAUCCAAUCAUGAUAACCUAAAGAAUACUUUUGGUAAAAGACCGAAAAAUCCGAAGACUCGUAAGCAGUGCUGUCCUUAUGACUUUGACCGCAGUAUUUGCAAGGUGUUGGAUGACAGGGUACUGUGUGGAUAUAAUAAGAACAUAGGAAUGCCACAGAGCAAGCUUGAAGUGUUCAAAGUGACUGAAAACUGUAGGAUACGUGGGGGACGAUUGGAGUGUGGGUAUGAUCAAUCACCCUAUAACGGUAUUAGAAGGCCUCCCGCGCGGGAUAAUGAUCAUCCUCCAAGCGACUACGGCCGUAACCAAAAUCCUGGUGACUCCAAUAUUGGUACUACUCCACAGUAUCCGGCCGCGGUUCCUAGAUGUGUAGAAAUUGACGACCGUAUUAUUUGUAAACAAUUUUAA